GUCACGCACCUAACCCCUGCUAUGGGUCAGUUACUCUCCGCACAAGCGACACGUCAGAUCCCAUCCCUACGAAACGCAUUCUUCAUCGGUGACGUCUUAACAAAGCGCGAAGUCUUCGAGUCACUAUCAUCUGUCGUUGAAGCUGAGGAGGAGGAAAUUCUCGACGCAGCUGGAGAUCCUAUCAAACUUCCCAUUGACAUCACACAACCUAACCCCAAUGGCGAGGAAUUCGACAACUUAUACCUGGAUAUGAACGGUAUCGUUCAUCCUUGUACUCAUCCCGAGGGCAAACCGGCUCCAGAAACGGAGGAGGAAAUGAUGCUUGAAAUCUUCAAAUACACUAACAGAGUGGUUAACAUGGUGCGGCCGCGCAAACUUCUUUUCAUGGCCAUUGACGGCAUUGCACCUCGUGCCAAGAUGAAUGAACAGCGAGGUAGACGGUUCAGGACUGCUCAAGUAGCAAAAGACAAGGCGGAAGCUCAUAAACUUGCUGUCACUGAGUGGGAAGCUAUGGGUAAAAUUAUUACUGAUGACGAGAAAAACAAGGAAUCUUGGGACUCUAACGCUAUCACACCCGGUACGCCGUUUAUGAACCUUUUAACAGCAUUGUCACGAUACUGGGUUGUGGAGAAGAUGAAUACCGAUCCAGGGUGGAAAGAUCUGCCAGUCAUUAUCUCGGAUGCAAGUGUGCCUGGAGAAGGAGAGCAUAAGAUUAUGGACUUCAUACGCAGACAACGCACAAAUCCCGGUCAUGAGCCUAAUACUCGACACGUAAUUUAUGGCUUGGAUGCUGAUUUCAUCAUGCUCGCCCUCGCGACCCAUGAACCAUAUUUCCGAGUGCUUCGGGAAGAUGUGUUUGCGCAGGACAAAGGACAAGAAGGUCACUAUGCCGCUCAAUGUACAGCACUGAAAUCAGAUAUUAAAAAGCCUCCUCCACCAGAAAAAAAACCGUUCAUUUUCCUCGAUAUCGCCAUUCUGCGCGAGUAUCUGGAAUCCGAGUUGAAUGUGAACAAUACGCCCUUCCCUUUUGAUUUGGAACAGGCUAUUGAUUUUCCGUAA